AUGGCGGUGACGGGAGCACAACGGUGGCGGCGGGAGAGUGGCGGUGCGAAGCGGGAGCUCCUGCAGGCGGCACUGGCGCUGUCAGCGGUCAUGCAGAAAAAUGUAGAUGCUCUUCUGGAGGAUUUUGGGAACAUACAUACAUUUUUCGCAACAUACAGGACCUUUGCCUCUCCUGCUCAAAAUAAACUGGUGUAUCUAGGCCAGCCUGAGGACCAGCCAGGAGACCAGCCAGGGGACCAGCCCAAGGGCCAGCCCAGGGAACUGCCUGAGGUCCAGCCCGGGAAGCAGCCCAAAGGCCAGCCCGGGGAGCAGCCGGAGGACCAACCUGGGGUUCAUCCCAAGGACCAGCUGGGGGACCAGCCCGAGGGCCAGCCAGGGGCCCUGUCCGAGGACCAGCCCAGGGACCUGCCCGAGGUCCAGCCUGGGGAGCAGCCUGAGGGCCAGCCAGAGGACCAACCUGGGGACCAGCCCAAGGGCCAGCCCAAGGACCAGCCCGAGGCCCAUCUGGGGGACCGACCUUGGGACCUGCCCGAAGUCCAACCCAAGGGCCAGCCUGGAGAGCAGCCCGAGGUCCAGCCCGGGGUGCAGCCCGAGGGCCAGCCCGGGGAGCAGCGGGAGGAACAACCUGGGGACCAGCCCAAGGGCCAGCUAGGGGACCUGCACGAGGUCCAGCCCAGGGACCUGCCCAAGGUUCAGCCCGGGGUGCAGACCGAGGGCCAGCCGGAGGACCAACCUGGGGACCAGCCUGAGGGCCAGCCCAGGGACCAGCCCGAGGACCAUUUGGGGGACCGACCUUGGGACCUGCCCGAGAGCCAACCUGGGGACCUGCCCAGAGUCCAGCCCAAGGGCCAGCCCAGGGACCUGCCCGGGGACCAGCCCAGGAACCUGCCUCAGGAAAAGAACGAAGACGCCUACAUCAUUCACUGCUCAGUGCCGAACAGUCAAGGUGCUGUGUACAAAGGCAUUCUGUUAACGAGCCAAGACACAACUAGAGAUGUGAUCUCAAAAAUUAUGAGAAAAUAUGAUCUGGACACGGAGGAAGCUGGAAACUACCAACUUGUGCAGGUCAUUUCGGAACACAAAGAGCUAGUCUUCCCACAGGAAGCAAAUGUGCUUUCUUAUAUGAACAGCCAGGGGAACGCAGACAUCAGCCAAAGAAGAAAGCCAGCUUUCCGUGCCUCCCCAUUGUCUGCUGCAGACAAGAAAAAGAGGAGGCGCCUACCUCGCCUCUUUAGAGGCAGCAGGGUCAGACCCGAAUGAGAGCAUCCUGACAAGGAGCUGACACGAAUACCAUUCUCAGGCUGGGGGAGA